CACACAUGAGAAAAAGCCUCAGGUUUCCUAGGACCACAUUCCCAUCUCUUUCCACUCAGGAUCCUUCACCCCCUGCAUCCAUAUAUAUACACUGUCCCUCAGCAUCCCCUACAGACACAGCCGCUCUGGUGGCACUUGCCUGAAGAUCCCACAGCCAGGGUCAGUCCUUGCAGCCUCCAGCUCCAUGAUGUGGGAAUUGCGAUCCAUAGCCUUCACCCGGGCUGUCUUUGCAGAAUUCCUGGCGACGUUGGUCUUCAUCCUCUUCGGCCUGGGCUCUGCUCUGAACUGGCCCUCAGCUUCCUCCCCGAGCAUCCUGCAGAUCGCGCUGGCUUUCGGCUUGGCCAUCGGCACGCUGGUCCAAGCCCUGGGGCAUGUCAGCGGAGCCCACAUCAACCCAGCAGUGACCGUGGCUUGUCUCAUCGGCUCCCAGGUCUCCUUCCUCCGUGCAGUCUUCUACGUGGUGGCCCAGCUGCUGGGGGCCGUGGUGGGGGCUGCAAUCCUACACGAGAUCACCCCAGCAGACUCCCGCGAAGGCUUGGCCAUCAACAAGCUGCACAAUGAGACAACGACGGGGCAGGCAGUGACUGUCGAGCUCUUCCUCACCUUCCAGCUCGUCCUGUGCAUCUUUGCUUCCACGGAUGAACGCCGGGAGGACAACCUGGGCUCUCCUGCCCUCUCCAUUGGCCUCUCCGUUGCUGUGGGACAUCUCCUUGGGAUCCGCUACACUGGCUGCUCCAUGAAUCCAGCCAGAUCUUUCGCCCCUGCUGUGAUAGUCGGAGACUUCAGCGACCACUGGGUCUUCUGGGUGGGCCCCCUGGUUGGGGCAGCCGCAGCCUCCAUCAUCUACAACUACAUCCUGUGCCCGCAAGCCAAGACCUUCUCGGAGAGACUCGCCAUCUUCAAGGGCUUCGAGCCCGAGGAGGACUGGGCAGAGCGCGAGGUCCGGCGGCGGCAAUCGGUGGAGCUGCACUCCCCACAGAGCCUCCCCAGGGGGAUGUCUGAGAAGGUUUAGCCAAAGCAUCCCUCCAGGAUGAGAGAGGAGCCGGGGAACACUGCGUCUGUCCUCGAGCCGGUGAUGGUCAGUGCCUCGCCUCUCCCCUCUCCCCCUUCACUUCUGCUUCUUCAUCUGAGGAACUCAAGUUCCUGGGGAGAUGCACUGGGAUGCUCCAGCCCACCUUGUAUUGUCCAGCUCUCCCCACAGCCAACAGUCGUGCGAUGCUGGGGGGAAAUGCCAUUAAAUCAAAGCCACCAGGAACGAGGACACCGCGAUCCAACCCUCCUCCAGCUCCUUCCACGUCUCCCUGGUAGGAGGCAGCGCUCGGUGGAGCUUGGUGCCCUUCAAGCAGGGCUCCAAGGUGCUGUGAGGAGUUAUUACAGCCAUUUGCUGGGUGUGGAGGUUGCCACCCGAUGCCUCAUUGCUGUUGAACUCAACUCACCUCUCUCCUGUGUCUUCUCCCUGCCUGGCUGUUUGCACACACACACACUGGAGGGCUCACUCCGGGUCAUAAGUAUCUCAGAAGCUCUAAGUUUGGCUGCUGCAAGGAACCACAUUGUCAUUUAUCACCCCAGAGAUGCUCUUUGUUCACAUGGAGGCUUUCCUGAGAAGAUGGGGCUGGAAGCAUGUCCUUGAGCUCAUACUGACCCCAUUGGGGAGCUCUUGCUGGGUCUCUCCUGGGGCCUCCUGAUUUUCAGCCCAAAUACAUCCAUGGCUCAUCUGUUCAUGGACCAGUGCUGUCCUUUAGCUUUGAUGCUUAAUCUCUCUGUGGCUUGUGCUUUCUUUCCUCUGUUCCUGAUCCAUCCUGAUUCUCAGAUGCAUAACACAAAGCAUUUCAAGUAUGAUCCUCUCCAUCACUUGUUUCCUGCAGCCCAGACCCUUUCCAUGGCUGCAUCACACCAAAGCCUCAUAACCAUCCCAACCCCUUUCUUCUGCUAUUAUGGCCAUCAGCAGAGUCAAAGAAUUUGGGUUAGUCUUUGGGAUGCAGCUUUGCUCUUUCAACCAUUCAUUUAAUCCAGUUUCUAUGACUUAGCCUGAAAGCCUGGUUUCCAGCAGGACAUCCUACUGUUUUCUUCUGUUGGUGAUGCCUCCCCAGCAUUGCACCGUCACAAAACAUCAUCACCACAUUCAGGCUUCUUCUGCUGAGGCUGUUAAUGGAAAACAAUGGCUCCAAUUCCAGAUCUUAGGGAACAUUAGUGAUCAUUUUCUGGUUAGACAUGAACCACCACCAAAUGAUGCUCUUCCUGUCCAUCCACUGUGCUCUACUUGUACCAGUCUCCUAUUAGAUUCCUAAUUUCCUCUAUUCCUCACUGUGGCUUUGCUCAUCCAUCCACUAAACGCUGUAGUUGGAGGGAUAAGGAGUAAACAAAUCUCUGCUCUGACCCAGACACGGCAUCCUCAUCGCCUUCAUUUCACCACACCAAGUGAAGCUGAGAGCAUGGGAGCUCCUGCAUCCCCUCGUCUGGCUGUCAUCUGCUGUCCCUGAUGCCACACUGCAAAGCAAAGGGAGAAAUUCCAUCACAAGCUUUAUUUGCUGUAGCCAAGGAUCCAUUUUACACCUCCAGUCAUGUAGUAGUAACGUAACUACCCCUAGAAGGCUGCUAUUGAGGUGCAGCAGGUUCAGUGCUGCUUUAACUCAUUCUCUGCCACAGCAAAGAUGUUGAUUCUGGUCCUUCAGUUUAUUCCUUCAAUGGCAAAGGAACAUUUGAAUGGCAUUUUGGAAAAGGCUUUCCAAUCUAUGUGUUCUCAACAAUAGGAAUUAAAAUAAUGUCUCAAAUCAGA